UUCUUUGCUGGCCUCACGGCGUCUCCCUCCGGUGCGAGAAAUUCUGCCCACUUUGACAAAUGGUGGAGACGGAGCCAGGCUUCAUAUCGAGCGCUGGUGUGCGCUUCCGAAGAGCCUUCGAUUAUACGGCUAUGGGAUUCUGUAUCGCUUUCAAUACAUUCCUCUUGAUCUGGGGCCUGGUGGGCGUCGUGACGAGCAUUUGGAGCCUUUUGGACGAUAGCUACAUUGGUUCGGUGCUCUCCAUAUUCCUUACGCUACUUUUCAACCUACUCAUGCUCGCCACGUCGAUGUACGGCUUCCGGGCUCUCCGGAGCAAAGACCUAUCGAAGCAAAUACGGUACAUCUUGGUGGCUGUGAUACUGGUAAUUCUGUAUUCAAUCCUGCUAGCGAGCCAGUCUACGGAGUACAUUGCCGCUCAAGCCAUCGACCGCAAUGGAGCAAACGCUUAUGAUAAUCAGACAGACUCAUCUGAGUACGAACUCCUCCAUGACUAUAGAACAUCGUUCUAUUCUACGUGGCGCGCACUGGAUUGCUCAGGAGGUUACUGUUUAGUGGAAGGGUGCCUAGGAGAUCCUGUUCGUUUCACGCCGGUGAUGUGCACUUCAGAUGCGUCUACAGGAGAGAAAAUAACAGCGGAUGGACUUAAGUAUAACCGUUCGCGAGAUUAUUUCCUCCAGUGCGUUACAGACCAACCGAAGGAACCCAAUCAGAAUCAGGGAAUGAUAAACUCGCUUUGCUAUACUAGAGAGUCGGCCAUUUCCUCAUCUGGGCACAGCUCUCUGCGGGUCAUCAUCAUUCUAUCGGUUGCUAUUGGGUCUAUGAUACUGGCUGUCAUCUCCGUAAUUACUCUCGUCUCACGGCCUCGUACAUGGCAGGAUGACGACUUCCACUUUGUAAGUGACAAAGAGAUGUUCCCGAAGAUCCCAACAGCAGAAGCAUCGGAACCGAGUCAAGUUGAAUGACGGCGGUUUGCCUUUGCAUAGCCACGCAAUAAUUUGUUCGUUAGUAGCCGCCUCUGUCGUAUAUGCUUCGGAGGUCGUCGAGUAGAUGGGUUCAUUGAAUGAAUCCCUUCCAGUGAAGCAACUGCGAACUCGCAGCGAUCUGUGAUUGUGGGACCAGUAAAAUCGACCGAUCUACAGCGCGCAUCCAUCAAACAUUCACUAAGUUAUGUCUCUGA